CGCCCGGCAUAUAAGCGGGUGAUGCAACGAGCCGGCGAGAACUGUAACUUUAGCAGCUGAGCGAGAGAUCACACUCCUGCCAAAGCAGAGCAUCACAACACGCGUGGACCAUUCCGUCAAAACAAGAUAUCGGAAUGAUGCUUCAGUAUCCUGGUUUGGGUCCGUCUGAGAUCAGUGCCUCGGCUCUGGUACCCUGCCUCUCCCCUCCGGGAUCUCUCACGCUGGACGAUUUCACAAACUUCACACCGUUAGUCAAAGAGGAGCUGCGAUACGCCAUCCAAAACAAGCGGCUGUCCAACGGCAUGAGCGCGAUCUCACCAGAUCGGUGUUACAACUCCGAGAGACCCACAGAACUGCCGAUCAUGAAGCGGGAGAUUAUUCCUGAAGAGAGCGACAGAAAAAAGAGAAGAAGGGAACGAAAUAAAAUUGCAGCAGCAAAAUGCCGAAACAAGAAAAAGGAGAAAACCGACCAUUUACAAAAGGAGUCAGAGAAACUUGAGUCCAUCAAUGCCGAGCUGAAAGCCCAAAUCGAGGAGCUGAAGAACCAAAAGCAACAGUUAGUUUACAUGCUGAACCUACACAGGCCCACCUGUAUCGUCCGCGCUCAGAACGGUCAGACCCCUGAGGACGAGCGAAAGCUUUUCAUCCAACAGAUCAAGGAGACCACCCUUCAAGGUCUUAACCUUACCAUAAGCGGACCAACACACACCACAAUAGCAACAAGUUGUGGGCAUCUCUGACAAACUGUACAGGCAAGAAGCCAAAGGUUCGGCGGUUGCCAAUGAACACUGGAAUGUGUUAUAAAGGACUAAAAGACAUGCGGGUACCUGUCAUGCCAAACAAGGUCGGUCUGAUGUACACUGAAACGGACUGCUAACUAAAGCACUAAAGUGAUGAAGGACGUGUGAUAUACGUUUUCACUUAUUCUUAUUAUUAUUUAAACAUAGAUGCUUAACAUGGUUUUUGUAGCGUUAUGUCAUGUUUAAGCAACAUGAUGUCAUUUAUUUAUCAUUGUGUUAGUCGAAUGAAACCCUGGUGGUGUGUUUGACAACAAGUAGAACCUAUAGUAAAUGCGUGUAUCUUUUUCAUUUAUCGGUAAAUGCUAAAGACAUAAACAGGGUGAUGGAUGAAGUUGUAACAUAUUUAUCUUUGUUAAAUAUACACACAAAAUGCCACGUGAAGUAUUUCAAGCUGCUAAUCUCUCAGGAUAUGGUCUAUGUCAAAGGAAAUUUACUCAUGCUAAAUAAAUAGCUAGAAUGAAUGGGAUGUUAACACAAAGUGGACUUUACUGUAUAAUAGAGCAGGAUUUACAGUAUCAGAGACUGAACAUUCAGUACUAUAUGCCUGUGCUAUCACCUCAACAAUAAUGCACUGUACAAAGGGUGUUUUUGUUUGUAUUAAUAAGGGACAUGUAUACUUAUUUUCUGAUGUUGCGUUUUUCACAUAGGCCUACCUUAUACUGUAGCUGCGUGUUGUUGUUGUUAUUGUCUAGAUGCACAAACCUUAUUCUAAAGAAAAACUUGAAGUAAAGCUCUUAUUAAUUGCCUGGCUAUGUUCCCAGAUCAUGUGUCAAGCGAUUUUAGUGUCACGCCGCGUUGCUGGUGUCUGUUUUGAAGAAACACAUACCACGAGACAUCCGAUCAAGCCAUGUGACAAGCUUACCACAUUAAACUCAAAGGUGUAUGAAAUAAGUCCAUUUCAGCGAAACCGAUCCUGAUAUUUUUCACUCAAUUCACCCGUAAUGUUUCUGAAUAGACUAUAUUUAUCAUCAGUCACAUAUUGAAAGGUCAAAUGGCGCUGGCGUCAGGUAGCCUUUCUUUGUGAUUGUUCAGACAGGCAUGCCAAAUCACAAAACGUACUGACAAUAAACGUGUAUUGAAAACAAAGCUAUGCUUACUAUUUGUGCUUCAACCAUGCUUUAUUUGUCACAAUGCUAUAUCCAAAAUGGGAAGAUACUGUGCUGUAACAUUCAUUUAUACCUUGACUGUAUGUUGUUUUGUUUUUGAUACUUUAUUAAUAAAAACGUAUACUACA